GGAGGUGGUGCAGCUUUGUGCUUUAGCAGCGCUGUUCUACAGUGUCUGUUCUAUAAGCACAGCUGGGACCAAGUUUGCGACAGUCAUCACUGAGAAUUAUUCUAAUGCAUAUGGGCCAUCCACGUCUAGCCUGGUGUUUACUGCACAGUCCCUUGGCACAACCAUAGUGACAGUCUUUGGCCCAGGCCCUAGAUUUCCCCUCAAUCUGGAGAUUAACUCAAUAGAAAGCAAAGUUAUUUCACUCCCAGGAAACGUGGAGGUCGCGGGCACUGUCAAGUCCUCCAAUACCAUUGUAAUCGAGUCCAGCAAACCCAUCACUGUUGUUCUGCUGAACUCCAAGCCCAAAACAGCAGAUUCCACUGUUGUGUACCCUAUAAAUGAAUGGGGAGUAGAGUACUUUGCCCUCACCCCAGAUUAUCAGAAAGCCUCCAAACAGUUUGCCAUCAUAAAUGCAGAACAGCCAAACACCGUUGAGGUGGAUCUGAAAGGGGACGUGAGAUUUGAAGGGAAACAAUAUACAGCAGGUACAAAACUCACUGUGUCCCUUUCAAAGUUUGAAAGCUUUCAAUUGCAGAGUUCUAACGACUUGUCGGGCACUAGAAUCAAGAGUGAGAAACCAGUAGCUGUAAUCACUGGUCACACAUGUUCAAUGAAAAACUCUAAUUGCAAUACCCUUGUUCAGCAGCUGUUGCCCGUACCACAAUGGGGAACUACCUUCAUUGUGCCUCCUCUCCCUUAUCAGAACGAUUUUGAUCUAGUUUAUGUAACUGCAUCCCAGCAAACCAAUUUCCAGAUCCAAUCUGGAAGUGAACUCAAGUCACUAGCUUUAGAUCGUGGACAAAGUAUUUCACUUCCAAUAAGCCUCCACAAACCCCUAUAUAUACAUGCUUCAGCAGGCAUACAGGUCUUGUAUUACUGCACUGGCGGUAGAGUAGGUGGUCAAAUGUUUGACCCGUUUUUGAUGAAUAUUCUCCCCACUGACACAUUUUGCCAAAAAUAUUCUGUACAAGGCCAUGAAGGGUUUACAAGUCAAGCAAUGGUUGUGUCAAAGACCGCAGACAUCUCAGGAAUUAUGUUUGAUAAGAAAGUUCAAAGCCUUGUUUGGACUCCGAUCCCGGGCACAGAAUUCUCUUGGGCACUCUCUGACUUUGGAUCCCAGCCCAUACAACACGUUGUGGAGCACCCUACUGCUGCCAUUGGAGUCUACAGCAUAGGAAAAGCUGACCAGAAUGCAUAUGGAUCUUCUGCACCUUGUUACAAUCAUUCGGACUGUCUGGAGAUCACAGAUGGGAUCCAAUAUGCCACACUCAUCACACAAAAUUAUUUGCCAGGCAAUGAUCCCCAGUUUAACUUGUCUAUUUCCGCUCGCUCUGCAGCUGCCACUCAAGUAUCUAUAAAUGUACACAUGCCUGGUUUUCCUAUGUGUCUUGAACUUGAACAAAGCAGGAGCCAAGUGAUUUCACUUCCCCAGACCCUGGAGGUCCAAGGUAGUGUCAGGUCCUCUAACAUGAUUGUUAUCACAUCACAGAAGCCCUUGUCAUCCAUUCUUAUGAACUACAAGACCCGCACAGCAGACACCACCAUUGUAUACCCUGUUACAGACUGGGGUAAUGAGUAUUAUGUGGUUACUCCAAACUAUGGGGAUCUCUCCAAGCUUUUUGCUAUCAUGAAUUUGGAAAACUCAAACUCUGUUGAUGUGUACCUCACAGGGAAAGUGACCUUUAACCAGAUAACAUACAUAAAAGGGAGUAAACUCACAAUCUUUCUUUCCAAGUAUGAGAGUGUUCAGCUAAUGAGCAUGGACGACCUUUCAGGCACAAAGAUUGUUUCCACUAAACCUGUCGGUGUAAUAGCGGGCCACGUGUGUUCCAAUCUCAAUGUUAGGUGCAACGUUCUCUUUGAGCAGCUGCUACCUGUAACCAGGUGGGGAUCAUCCUUUAUUGUACCACCUCAACCUUAUCAGAGGAAGGAUGACUAUGUUUAUGUUGCUGCCUCGCAGUCCACUGAUGUUCUAAUUCAGUAUGGAGAUAAAAAGGAUUCCAAACAGCUCAAAAGUGGAGAGGUUAUCUCUUUGAAAAUAGACGGAACCACUCCCCUUUACAUCACAGCAUCCCGAAGUAUCCAGGUCAUGUUCUACAGUACUGGAGGAUCAAGAGGCGAGUGGGGCUUUGAUACAUUUUUAAUGAACGUUGUCCCAACCAACUUGUUUUGCAGUAAAUACUUUAUUCAAGGCUACGACAAAUUUGAAAACCGAUUACUGGUUGUGGCAAAACCUUCAGACAUCUCAGAAAUACGCUUUGAUAACCAGUUGCUGUUGAAAACGGUCACGUGGGCCCCAGUAAAAGGCACUGAAUAUUCCUGGGCUCAUAUUGAAUAUGGUCAGGAGGAAAAACCACACUACAUAGAGCAUCCAAAAUCUUCAUUUGGUGUCUACAGCAUUGGGACAGUAUUAUAUAAUGGAUAUGGAUCCCCUGCACCUUGUGCAAUAGACUCUGUACCCAUAGACUCCUGUGAAAACAAGCAGUGCAGGACAGGAGAAAAGUGUCAGCCAGUAAACGGCCAGGCUACGUGUGUCCCAGUAUCCAAGGCAGAAUGUAUCGCUUGGGGAGACCCACAUUACCGCACCUUCGAUGGACGAAGCUUCGAUUUCCAGGGCACCUGUACCUACACCAUCGCCAAGACUUGCGGGAAUGAAACCCUGCCCAGCUUCAAUAUCGAGGCAAAGAACGAAAACCGGGGUAGCACACAAGUGGCCUACUUAAAACAUGUCAACGUCCAGGUCUAUGGCUUAACGAUAACUAUGGCCAAAUCUGAAAAUGGCAGAGUGAGGGUCAAUCAGAACAUGUAUUACUUGCCCAGCACGCUGCAGGAAGGAAAAGUAAAAAUCUAUCAAAGUGGAGGCCACGCUGUUCUGGACACCGAUUUUGGUCUCAGGUUGUCAUAUGACUGGAACCACCACCUCACUGUGUCUAUCACAAGCACCUUCCUUGGUCAGCUGUGUGGUCUAUGUGGUAAUUACAAUGGUGACUCAAAAGAUGAUUUCGUAAUGGUGGAUGGAAAAGAGGCCAACAAUGCUGCGUCCUUUGGGACAAGCUGGAAAGUUAAAGAUGAUGAUCCUGCAUGCUGGGAUGACUGCAAGGGAGAGUGCAAGACCUGCGAGUCCAACCUCAUCUCCAAGUACCAGGGACAGGAGAGCUGUGGUCUGCUGGCCAAAGUUGAUGGGCCUUUCAGGGACUGUCAUGCAGUCAUCAAACCAGAGCUCUUUAUGGACGGCUGUGUCUACGAUGUGUGUUUGAAUGACGGCUUUAGGGUUUUCCUCUGUCAGGCUUUGAAGACCUAUGCAGAUGCUUGCCAGGCAAGGGGAGUUGAAGUAUACAACUGGAGAAAGCAGUCCCAAUGUCCUCUGACAUGUCCUCCCAACAGUCACUACGAGUCCUGUGGCAGUGCCUGUCCUGCAUCCUGCUCCAACCCUAGUGCUUCUGUCAACUGCAAGCUGCCCUGCACCGAGACCUGCCAGUGUAACGAAGGCUUCGUUCUCAGUGCUGGAGAGUGUGUGCCUGUCAAGAAAUGUGGCUGCACCUACCAGGGCCGAUACUACCCACCUGGGGUCAGACUCUGGUCUGACAAUAGCUGCGAGCAAUCAUGCAUCUGUGACGCAGGCACUGGCAAAGUUCAGUGCAGAAACACAAAAUGCAAGCCCUUCGAAGUUUGUAAGGUAGUUAAAGGAGUAAGGGAUUGUUAUUCCAACAGAAAGGCAACGUGCAGUGCCAGUGGGGACCCGCACUACAUCUCCUUUGAUGGACGCAAGUUUGACUUCCAGGGAACCUGCUUCUACCAGCUAGCAGCUGUCUGCAAUUCCACUGAUGAACUGGAGAAGUUCCAGGUGCAGGUGCAGAAUGAGCACCGAGGCAAUAAGGCUGUGGCUUACACACGGCUCGUACAAGUCAACGUGUACGGCCACAUCAUCAUCAUCAGCACAGACCAUGCAGGGAAGGUCCAGGUGGACAACCUGUGGGAGAACCUACCCUUGAGCAUAGAAGACAACAGAUUAUCAAUCCAAAGCAAAGGCUGGAAAGCCAUCAUUCAGACCGGUUUCGGAUUGGAGGUGACUUUCGACUGGAACAGCCGAGUGACAGUCACUGUACCUGAAAGUUAUGCAGGCGCUAUGUGCGGUCUGUGUGGAAACUAUAACCAGGAUGGCAAGGAUGACUUGACUAUGAAGAACGGGCAGCUGACCCAAGUCCCAGCAGAGUUUGGAGCGAGCUGGAAGACAGAAAACAUCCCCGGCUGCAGUGACCAGUGCAAAGGAACGUGUCCAAACUGCGAUGUCACUCAGAAACGUCAAUAUGAGACCAAUGCAUACUGUGGCAUAAUGACGGAUCCGACUGGGCCGUUCAGAGAUUGCCAUGCCAAGGUGCCCCCUACAUAUUUCUUCGAUGACUGUGUGUUUGAUGCCUGCCUCUACAAGGGCAUGCAGACUGUUGUGUGUAAGGCUAUUAGUGGCUACGUCACCAAAUGUCAGGAGGCUGGAGCCCAGGUUUAUGCAUGGAGAAAAGACACAUUUUGCGCUCCUGUCUGUCCUCAAAACAGCCACUAUGAGUUGUGUGCCAGUGGAUGCCCAUCAACGUGUGCCAGUCUCACCACUGGCACCCAGUGCGAUGCUUUGUGUGAGGAAGGAUGCCAGUGUAAUGAGGGAUUCAUUCUCAGUGGAGUCCAGUGUGUUCCCAUUGCCCAGUGUGGCUGCAUGUACAGUGGCCGCUACUACAAGGCUGGGGAAAUGUUUUUCCCUGAUGGAUUGUGCACGAGUCAGUGCACGUGCGGUGCCAGUGGAGCUGUGCAGUGCCAGCCAAUCACAUGCGGGGAGAACGAGGCGUGCCAAGUAAAGAAUGGUGUGCAGGGAUGCCAUCCCCUAGGGGAGGGGAAGUGCACUGCUUCUGGGGACCCACACUACACCUCAUUCGAUGGGCUGAAAUUCGACUUCCAGGGCACCUGCACCUACACACUGGCAAAGCUCCUGUACACGAACGGCAGUCUUACACCUUUUGAAGUGCAGGUGGAGAAUGAGAGCUAUGGCAAAACGAAGGUGGCUGUCACUAGAAUGGUGGUCACUAAGGUGAAUGGUUACAGCAUCACUAUGGAGCAGAAGGUCCAAUGGAGAGUGAAGGUGAAUGGAAUCAAUACAAACCUACCCCUGAAACUGGACGAUGGAAAGGUUUCCGUGAUCCAGCAGGGUAAAAACAUCAUCCUUCAGACAGAGUUUGGGCUGAAGGUCCUCUACGAUUUGGUGUACUACGUGCAGGUGACCGUCCCUGGCAACUACCGGAACAAGGUAGGCGGACUUUGUGGCAACUUCAACGGCAACAAAAAGGAUGAGUUUGCACUGCAGGGUGGCGGACUCACAGAGAACGUCAAUGCCUUCGGGGCCAGCUGGCAAGUCUUUGUAGAAGGAGCCAAGUGCAACCAUGGCUGUGACCAGGACUGCCCCCGGUGUGACGAAACCAACAAGACCAAGUAUAGCAAAGCAGACAGCUGUGGGAUCAUCUCCUCCACAACGGGCCCCUUCGCAGCCUGCCGCUCCGUCAUCAGUCCUGACAUUUACUUUGAAAACUGUGUCUUUGAUGUAUGCGUCACCGACGGGCUGAGGGACAUCCUCUGUAGGAAUCUGGAAGCCUACACUGCUGCCUGCCAGGAUGCUGGAGUCAUCAUCAAGCCCUGGAGGAACGAUGGGUUCUGCUCAAUGACUUGUCCAAAGAACAGCCAGUACGAGGUUUGUGCGGACACCUGUGGCAGUGCUUGUGCAAGUAUCAUCGCCCCCCUCACCUGCACAUCUCAGUGUUAUGAGGGCUGCCAGUGUGACCCUGGCUUUGUGUUUGAUGGGGAACAGUGUGUAUCCUCUGGAAACUGUGGUUGUUCGCACAACGGGAGAUACAUGAAGGUUGGGGAGUCCCUGAUGUCUGCAGACUGCUCCAGGAAGUGCACAUGUAACCCCAAGGGAGCGGUGAGCUGUGAGACAAUCCAAUGCACCACAGGGUGUGCUGUGCACAACGGAGCCCAGAUCUGUUUAGAUGAGCUUGUGGAUCUAUGCAAAAAGAAGCAGUGCAGGAACGGGGAAACGUGCCAACAAGUGGACAACCAGGCUGUGUGCUUACCACUAUCGAAAGCGGAGUGUAUCGCUUGGGGAGACCCACAUUACCGCACCUUCGAUGGACGAAGCUUCGAUUUCCAGGGCACCUGUACCUACACCAUCGCCAAGACUUGCGGGAAUGAAACCCUGCCCAGCUUCAAUAUCGAGGCAAAGAACGAAAACCGGGGUAGCACACAAGUGGCCUACUUAAAACAUGUCAACGUCCAGGUCUAUGGCUUAACGAUAACUAUGGCCAAAUCUGAAAAUGGCAGAGUGAGGGUCAAUCAGAACAUGUAUUACUUGCCCAGCACGCUGCAGGAAGGAAAAGUAAAAAUCUAUCAAAGUGGAGGCCACGCUGUUCUGGACACCGAUUUUGGUCUCAGGUUGUCAUAUGACUGGAACCACCACCUCACUGUGUCUAUCACAAGCACCUUCCUUGGUCAGCUGUGUGGUCUAUGUGGUAAUUACAAUGGUGACUCAAAAGAUGAUUUCGUAAUGGUGGAUGGAAAAGAGGCCAACAAUGCUGCGUCCUUUGGGACAAGCUGGAAAGUUAAAGAUGAUGAUCCUGCAUGCUGGGAUGACUGCAAGGGAGAGUGCAAGACCUGCGAGUCCAACCUCAUCUCCAAGUACCAGGGACAGGAGAGCUGUGGUCUGCUGGCCAAAGUUGAUGGGCCUUUCAGGGACUGUCAUGCAGUCAUCAAACCAGAGCUCUUUAUGGACGGCUGUGUCUACGAUGUGUGUUUGAAUGACGGCUUUAGGGUUUUCCUCUGUCAGGCUUUGAAGACCUAUGCAGAUGCUUGCCAGGCAAGGGGAGUUGAAGUAUACAACUGGAGAAAGCAGUCCCAAUGUCCUCUGACAUGUCCUCCCAACAGUCACUACGAGUCCUGUGGCAGUGCCUGUCCUGCAUCCUGCUCCAACCCUAGUGCUUCUGUCAACUGCAAGCUGCCCUGCACCGAGACCUGCCAGUGUAACGAAGGCUUCGUUCUCAGUGCUGGAGAGUGUGUGCCUGUCAAGAAAUGUGGCUGCACCUACCAGGGCCGAUACUACCCACCUGGGGUCAGACUCUGGUCUGACAAUAGCUGCGAGCAAUCAUGCAUCUGUGACGCAGGCACUGGCAAAGUUCAGUGCAGAAACACAAAAUGCAAGCCAUUCGAAGUUUGUAAGGUAGUUAAAGGAGUAAGGGAUUGUUAUUCCAACAGAAAGGCAACGUGCAGUGCCAGUGGGGACCCGCACUACAUCUCCUUUGAUGGACGCAAGUUUGACUUCCAGGGAACCUGCUUCUACCAGCUAGCAGCUGUCUGCAAUUCCACUGAUGAACUGGAGAAGUUCCAGGUGCAGGUGCAGAAUGAGCACCGAGGCAAUAAGGCUGUGGCUUACACACGGCUCGUACAAGUCAACGUGUACGGCCACAUCAUCAUCAUCAGCACAGACCAUGCAGGGAAGGUCCAGGUGGACAACCUGUGGGAGAACCUACCCUUGAGCAUAGAAGACAACAGAUUAUCAAUCCAAAGCAAAGGCUGGAAAGCCAUCAUUCAGACCGGUUUCGGAUUGGAGGUGACUUUCGACUGGAACAGCCGAGUGACAGUCACUGUACCUGAAAGUUAUGCAGGCGCUAUGUGCGGUCUGUGUGGAAACUAUAACCAGGAUGGCAAGGAUGACUUGACUAUGAAGAACGGGCAGCUGACCCAAGUCCCAGCAGAGUUUGGAGCGAGCUGGAAGACAGAAAACAUCCCCGGCUGCAGUGACCAGUGCAAAGGAACGUGUCCAAACUGCGAUGUCACUCAGAAACGUCAAUAUGAGACCAAUGCAUACUGUGGCAUAAUGACGGAUCCGACUGGGCCGUUCAGAGAUUGCCAUGCCAAGGUGCCCCCUACAUAUUUCUUCGAUGACUGUGUGUUUGAUGCCUGCCUCUACAAGGGCAUGCAGACUGUUGUGUGUAAGGCUAUUAGUGGCUACGUCACCAAAUGUCAGGAGGCUGGAGCCCAGGUUUAUGCAUGGAGAAAAGACACAUUUUGCGCUCCUGUCUGUCCUCAAAACAGCCACUAUGAGUUGUGUGCCAGUGGAUGCCCAUCAACGUGUGCCAGUCUCACCACUGGCACCCAGUGCGAUGCUUUGUGUGAGGAAGGAUGCCAGUGUAAUGAGGGAUUCAUUCUCAGUGGAGUCCAGUGUGUUCCCAUUGCCCAGUGUGGCUGCAUGUACAGUGGCCGCUACUACAAGGCUGGGGAAAUGUUUUUCCCUGAUGGAUUGUGCACGAGUCAGUGCACGUGCGGUGCCAGUGGAGCUGUGCAGUGCCAGCCAAUCACAUGCGGGGAGAACGAGGCGUGCCAAGUAAAGAAUGGUGUGCAGGGAUGCCAUCCCCUAGGGGAGGGGAAGUGCACUGCUUCUGGGGACCCACACUACACCUCAUUCGAUGGGCUGAAAUUCGACUUCCAGGGCACCUGCACCUACACACUGGCAAAGCUCCUGUACACGAACGGCAGUCUUACACCUUUUGAAGUGCAGGUGGAGAAUGAGAGCUAUGGCAAAACGAAGGUGGCUGUCACUAGAAUGGUGGUCACUAAGGUGAAUGGUUACAGCAUCACUAUGGAGCAGAAGGUCCAAUGGAGAGUGAAGGUGAAUGGAAUCAAUACAAACCUACCCCUGAAACUGGACGAUGGAAAGGUUUCCGUGAUCCAGCAGGGUAAAAACAUCAUCCUUCAGACAGAGUUUGGGCUGAAGGUCCUCUACGAUUUGGUGUACUACGUGCAGGUGACCGUCCCUGGCAACUACCGGAACAAGGUAGGCGGACUUUGUGGCAACUUCAACGGCAACAAAAAGGAUGAGUUUGCACUGCAGGGUGGCGGACUCACAGAGAACGUCAAUGCCUUCGGGGCCAGCUGGCAAGUCUUUGUAGAAGGAGCCAAGUGCAACCAUGGCUGUGACCAGGACUGCCCCCGGUGUGACGAAACCAACAAGACCAAGUAUAGCAAAGCAGACAGCUGUGGGAUCAUCUCCUCCACAACGGGCCCCUUCGCAGCCUGCCGCUCCGUCAUCAGUCCUGACAUUUACUUUGAAAACUGUGUCUUUGAUGUAUGCGUCACCGACGGGCUGAGGGACAUCCUCUGUAGGAAUCUGGAAGCCUACACUGCUGCCUGCCAGGAUGCUGGAGUCAUCAUCAAGCCCUGGAGGAACGAUGGGUUCUGCCCAAUGACUUGUCCAAAGAACAGCCAGUACGAGGUUUGUGCGGACACCUGUGGCAGUGCUUGUGCAAGUAUCAUCGCCCCCCUCACCUGCACAUCUCAGUGUUAUGAGGGCUGCCAGUGUGACCCUGGCUUUGUGUUUGAUGGGGAACAGUGUGUAUCCUCUGGAAACUGUGGUUGUUCGCACAACGGGAGAUACAUGAAGGUUGGGGAGUCCCUGAUGUCUGCAGACUGCUCCAGGAAGUGCACAUGUAACCCCAAGGGAGCGGUGAGCUGUGAGACAAUCCAAUGCACCACAGGGUGUGCUGUGCACAACGGAGCCCAGAUCUGUUUAGAUGAGCUUGUGGAUCUAUGCAAAAAGAAGCAGUGCAGGAACGGGGAAACGUGCCAACAAGUGGACAACCAGGCUGUGUGCUUACCACUAUCGAAAGCGGAGUGUAUCGCUUGGGGAGACCCACAUUACCGCACCUUCGAUGGACGAAGCUUCGAUUUCCAGGGCACCUGUACCUACACCAUCGCCAAGACUUGCGGGAAUGAAACCCUGCCCAGCUUCAAUAUCGAGGCAAAGAACGAAAACCGGGGUAGCACACAAGUGGCCUACUUAAAACAUGUCAACGUCCAGGUCUAUGGCUUAACGAUAACUAUGGCCAAAUCUGAAAAUGGCAGAGUGAGGGUCAAUCAGAACAUGUAUUACUUGCCCAGCACGCUGCAGGAAGGAAAAGUAAAAAUCUAUCAAAGUGGAGGCCACGCUGUUCUGGACACCGAUUUUGGUCUCAGGUUGUCAUAUGACUGGAACCACCACCUCACUGUGUCUAUCACAAGCACCUUCCUUGGUCAGCUGUGUGGUCUAUGUGGUAAUUACAAUGGUGACUCAAAAGAUGAUUUCGUAAUGGUGGAUGGAAAAGAGGCCAACAAUGCUGCGUCCUUUGGGACAAGCUGGAAAGUUAAAGAUGAUGAUCCUGCAUGCUGGGAUGACUGCAAGGGAGAGUGCAAGACCUGCGAGUCCAACCUCAUCUCCAAGUACCAGGGACAGGAGAGCUGUGGUCUGCUGGCCAAAGUUGAUGGGCCUUUCAGGGACUGUCAUGCAGUCAUCAAACCAGAGCUCUUUAUGGACGGCUGUGUCUACGAUGUGUGUUUGAAUGACGGCUUUAGGGUUUUCCUCUGUCAGGCUUUGAAGACCUAUGCAGAUGCUUGCCAGGCAAGGGGAGUUGAAGUAUACAACUGGAGAAAGCAGUCCCAAUGUCCUCUGACAUGUCCUCCCAACAGUCACUACGAGUCCUGUGGCAGUGCCUGUCCUGCAUCCUGCUCCAACCCUAGUGCUUCUGUCAACUGCAAGCUGCCCUGCACCGAGACCUGCCAGUGUAACGAAGGCUUCGUUCUCAGUGCUGGAGAGUGUGUGCCUGUCAAGAAAUGUGGCUGCACCUACCAGGGCCGAUACUACCCACCUGGGGUCAGACUCUGGUCUGACAAUAGCUGCGAGCAAUCAUGCAUCUGUGACGCAGGCACUGGCAAAGUUCAGUGCAGAAACACAAAAUGCAAGCCCUUCGAAGUUUGUAAGGUAGUUAAAGGAGUAAGGGAUUGUUAUUCCAACAGAAAGGCAACGUGCAGUGCCAGUGGGGACCCGCACUACAUCUCCUUUGAUGGACGCAAGUUUGACUUCCAGGGAACCUGCUUCUACCAGCUAGCAGCUGUCUGCAAUUCCACUGAUGAACUGGAGAAGUUCCAGGUGCAGGUGCAGAAUGAGCACCGAGGCAAUAAGGCUGUGGCUUACACACGGCUCGUACAAGUCAACGUGUACGGCCACAUCAUCAUCAUCAGCACAGACCAUGCAGGGAAGGUCCAGGUGGACAACCUGUGGGAGAACCUACCCUUGAGCAUAGAAGACAACAGAUUAUCAAUCCAAAGCAAAGGCUGGAAAGCCAUCAUUCAGACCGGUUUCGGAUUGGAGGUGACUUUCGACUGGAACAGCCGAGUGACAGUCACUGUACCUGAAAGUUAUGCAGGCGCUAUGUGCGGUCUGUGUGGAAACUAUAACCAGGAUGGCAAGGAUGACUUGACUAUGAAGAACGGGCAGCUGACCCAAGUCCCAGCAGAGUUUGGAGCGAGCUGGAAGACAGAAAACAUCCCCGGCUGCAGUGACCAGUGCAAAGGAACGUGUCCAAACUGCGAUGUCACUCAGAAACGUCAAUAUGAGACCAAUGCAUACUGUGGCAUAAUGACGGAUCCGACUGGGCCGUUCAGAGAUUGCCAUGCCAAGGUGCCCCCUACAUAUUUCUUCGAUGACUGUGUGUUUGAUGCCUGCCUCUACAAGGGCAUGCAGACUGUUGUGUGUAAGGCUAUUAGUGGCUACGUCACCAAAUGUCAGGAGGCUGGAGCCCAGGUUUAUGCAUGGAGAAAAGACACAUUUUGCGCUCCUGUCUGUCCUCAAAACAGCCACUAUGAGUUGUGUGCCAGUGGAUGCCCAUCAACGUGUGCCAGUCUCACCACUGGCACCCAGUGCGAUGCUUUGUGUGAGGAAGGAUGCCAGUGUAAUGAGGGAUUCAUUCUCAGUGGAGUCCAGUGUGUUCCCAUUGCCCAGUGUGGCUGCAUGUACAGUGGCCGCUACUACAAGGCUGGGGAAAUGUUUUUCCCUGAUGGAUUGUGCACGAGUCAGUGCACGUGCGGUGCCAGUGGAGCUGUGCAGUGCCAGCCAAUCACAUGCGGGGAGAACGAGGCGUGCCAAGUAAAGAAUGGUGUGCAGGGAUGCCAUCCCCUAGGGGAGGGGAAGUGCACUGCUUCUGGGGACCCACACUACACCUCAUUCGAUGGGCUGAAAUUCGACUUCCAGGGCACCUGCACCUACACACUGGCAAAGCUCCUGUACACGAACGGCAGUCUUACACCUUUUGAAGUGCAGGUGGAGAAUGAGAGCUAUGGCAAAACGAAGGUGGCUGUCACUAGAAUGGUGGUCACUAAGGUGAAUGGUUACAGCAUCACUAUGGAGCAGAAGGUCCAAUGGAGAGUGAAGGUGAAUGGAAUCAAUACAAACCUACCCCUGAAACUGGACGAUGGAAAGGUUUCCGUGAUCCAGCAGGGUAAAAACAUCAUCCUUCAGACAGAGUUUGGGCUGAAGGUCCUCUACGAUUUGGUGUACUACGUGCAGGUGACCGUCCCUGGCAACUACCGGAACAAGGUAGGCGGACUUUGUGGCAACUUCAACGGCAACAAAAAGGAUGAGUUUGCACUGCAGGGUGGCGGACUCACAGAGAACGUCAAUGCCUUCGGGGCCAGCUGGCAAGUCUUUGUAGAAGGAGCCAAGUGCAACCAUGGCUGUGACCAGGACUGCCCCCGGUGUGACGAAACCAACAAGACCAAGUAUAGCAAAGCAGACAGCUGUGGGAUCAUCUCCUCCACAACGGGCCCCUUCGCAGCCUGCCGCUCCGUCAUCAGUCCUGACAUUUACUUUGAAAACUGUGUCUUUGAUGUAUGCGUCACCGACGGGCUGAGGGACAUCCUCUGUAGGAAUCUGGAAGCCUACACUGCUGCCUGCCAGGAUGCUGGAGUCAUCAUCAAGCCCUGGAGGAACGAUGGGUUCUGCCCAAUGACUUGUCCAAAGAACAGCCAGUACGAGGUUUGUGCGGACACCUGUGGCAGUGCUUGUGCAAGUAUCAUCGCCCCCCUCACCUGCACAUCUCAGUGUUAUGAGGGCUGCCAGUGUGACCCUGGCUUUGUGUUUGAUGGGGAACAGUGUGUAUCCUCUGGAAACUGUGGUUGUUCGCACAACGGGAGAUACAUGAAGGUUGGGGAGUCCCUGAUGUCUGCAGACUGCUCCAGGAAGUGCACAUGUAACCCCAAGGGAGCGGUGAGCUGUGAGACAAUCCAAUGCACCACAGGGUGUGCUGUGCACAACGGAGCCCAGAUCUGUUUAGAUGAGCUUGUGGAUCUAUGCAAAAAGAAGCAGUGCAGGAACGGGGAAACGUGCCAACAAGUGGACAACCAGGCUGUGUGCUUACCACUAUCGAAAGCGGAGUGUAUCGCUUGGGGAGACCCACAUUACCGCACCUUCGAUGGACGAAGCUUCGAUUUCCAGGGCACCUGUACCUACACCAUCGCCAAGACUUGCGGGAAUGAAACCCUGCCCAGCUUCAAUAUCGAGGCAAAGAACGAAAACCGGGGUAGCACACAAGUGGCCUACUUAAAACAUGUCAACGUCCAGGUCUAUGGCUUAACGAUAACUAUGGCCAAAUCUGAAAAUGGCAGAGUGAGGGUCAAUCAGAACAUGUAUUACUUGCCCAGCACGCUGCAGGAAGGAAAAGUAAAAAUCUAUCAAAGUGGAGGCCACGCUGUUCUGGACACCGAUUUUGGUCUCAGGUUGUCAUAUGACUGGAACCACCACCUCACUGUGUCUAUCACAAGCACCUUCCUUGGUCAGCUGUGUGGUCUAUGUGGUAAUUACAAUGGUGACUCAAAAGAUGAUUUCGUAAUGGUGGAUGGAAAAGAGGCCAACAAUGCUGCGUCCUUUGGGACAAGCUGGAAAGUUAAAGAUGAUGAUCCUGCAUGCUGGGAUGACUGCAAGGGAGAGUGCAAGACCUGCGAGUCCAACCUCAUCUCCAAGUACCAGGGACAGGAGAGCUGUGGUCUGCUGGCCAAAGUUGAUGGGCCUUUCAGGGACUGUCAUGCAGUCAUCAAACCAGAGCUCUUUAUGGACGGCUGUGUCUACGAUGUGUGUUUGAAUGACGGCUUUAGGGUUUUCCUCUGUCAGGCUUUGAAGACCUAUGCAGAUGCUUGCCAGGCAAGGGGAGUUGAAGUAUACAACUGGAGAAAGCAGUCCCAAUGUCCUCUGACAUGUCCUCCCAACAGUCACUACGAGUCCUGUGGCAGUGCCUGUCCUGCAUCCUGCUCCAACCCUAGUGCUUCUGUCAACUGCAAGCUGCCCUGCACCGAGACCUGCCAGUGUAACGAAGGCUUCGUUCUCAGUGCUGGAGAGUGUGUGCCUGUCAAGAAAUGUGGCUGCACCUACCAGGGCCGAUACUACCCACCUGGGGUCAGACUCUGGUCUGACAAUAGCUGCGAGCAAUCAUGCAUCUGUGACGCAGGCACUGGCAAAGUUCAGUGCAGAAACACAAAAUGCAAGCCAUUCGAAGUUUGUAAGGUAGUUAAAGGAGUAAGGGAUUGUUAUUCCAACAGAAAGGCAACGUGCAGUGCCAGUGGGGACCCGCACUACAUCUCCUUUGAUGGACGCAAGUUUGACUUCCAGGGAACCUGCUUCUACCAGCUAGCAGCUGUCUGCAAUUCCACUGAUGAACUGGAGAAGUUCCAGGUGCAGGUGCAGAAUGAGCACCGAGGCAAUAAGGCUGUGGCUUACACACGGCUCGUACAAGUCAACGUGUAUGGCCACAUCAUCAUCAUCAGCACAAACCAUGUAGGGAAGGUCCAGGUGGACAACCUGUGGGAGAACCUACCCUUGAGCAUAGAAGACAACAGAUUAUCAAUCCAAAGCAAAGGCUGGAAAGCCAUCAUUCAGACCGGUUUCGGAUUGGAGGUGACUUUCGACUGGAACAGCCGAGUGACAGUCACUGUACCUGAAAGUUAUGCAGGCGCUAUGUGCGGUCUGUGUGGAAACUAUAACCAGGAUGGCAAGGAUGACUUGACUAUGAAGAACGGGCAGCUGACCCAAGUCCCAGCAGAGUUUGGAGCGAGCUGGAAGACAGAAAACAUCCCCGGCUGCAGUGACCAGUGCAAAGGAACGUGUCCAAACUGCGAUGUCACUCAGAAACGUCAAUAUGAGACCAAUGCAUACUGUGGCAUAAUGACGGAUCCGACUGGGCCGUUCAGAGAUUGCCAUGCCAAGGUGCCCCCUACAUAUUUCUUCGAUGACUGUGUGUUUGAUGCCUGCCUCUACAAGGGCAUGCAGACUGUUGUGUGUAAGGCUAUUAGUGGCUACGUCACCAAAUGUCAGGAGGCUGGAGCCCAGGUUUAUGCAUGGAGAAAAGACACAUUUUGCGCUCCUGUCUGUCCUCAAAACAGCCACUAUGAGUUGUGUGCCAGUGGAUGCCCAUCAACGUGUGCCAGUCUCACCACUGGCACCCAGUGCGAUGCUUUGUGUGAGGAAGGAUGCCAGUGUAAUGAGGGAUUCAUUCUCAGUGGAGUCCAGUGUGUUCCCAUUGCCCAGUGUGGCUGCAUGUACAGUGGCCGCUACUACAAGGCUGGGGAAAUGUUUUUCCCUGAUGGAUUGUGCACGAGUCAGUGCACGUGCGGUGCCAGUGGAGCUGUGCAGUGCCAGCCAAUCACAUGCGGGGAGAACGAGGCGUGCCAAGUAAAGAAUGGUGUGCAGGGAUGCCAUCCCCUAGGGGAGGGGAAGUGCACUGCUUCUGGGGACCCACACUACACCUCAUUCGAUGGGCUGAAAUUCGACUUCCAGGGCACCUGCACCUACACACUGGCAAAGCUCCUGUACACGAACGGCAGUCUUACACCUUUUGAAGUGCAGGUGGAGAAUGAGAGCUAUGGCAAAACGAAGGUGGCUGUCACUAGAAUGGUGGUCACUAAGGUGAAUGGUUACAGCAUCACUAUGGAGCAGAAGGUCCAAUGGAGAGUGAAGGUGAAUGGAAUCAAUACAAACCUACCCCUGAAACUGGACGAUGGAAAGGUUUCCGUGAUCCAGCAGGGUAAAAACAUCAUCCUUCAGACAGAGUUUGGGCUGAAGGUCCUCUACGAUUUGGUGUACUACGUGCAGGUGACCGUCCCUGGCAACUACCGGAACAAGGUAGGCGGACUUUGUGGCAACUUCAACGGCAACAAAAAGGAUGAGUUUGCACUGCAGGGUGGCGGACUCACAGAGAACGUCAAUGCCUUCGGGGCCAGCUGGCAAGUCUUUGUAGAAGGAGCCAAGUGCAACCAUGGCUGUGACCAGGACUGCCCCCGGUGUGACGAAACCAACAAGACCAAGUAUAGCAAAGCAGACAGCUGUGGGAUCAUCUCCUCCACAACGGGCCCCUUCGCAGCCUGCCGCUCCGUCAUCAGUCCUGACAUUUACUUUGAAAACUGUGUCUUUGAUGUAUGCGUCACCGACGGGCUGAGGGACAUCCUCUGUAGGAAUCUGGAAGCCUACACUGCUGCCUGCCAGGAUGCUGGAGUCAUCAUCAAGCCCUGGAGGAACGAUGGGUUCUGCCCAAUGACUUGUCCAAAGAACAGCCAGUACGAGGUUUGUGCGGACACCUGUGGCAGUGCUUGUGCAAGUAUCAUCGCCCCCCUCACCUGCACAUCUCAGUGUUAUGAGGGCUGCCAGUGUGACCCUGGCUUUGUGUUUGAUGGGGAACAGUGUGUAUCCUCUGGAAACUGUGGUUGUUCGCACAACGGGAGAUACAUGAAGGUUGGGGAGUCCCUGAUGUCUGCAGACUGCUCCAGGAAGUGCACAUGUAACCCCAAGGGAGCGGUGAGCUGUGAGACAAUCCAAUGCACCACAGGGUGUGCUGUGCACAACGGAGCCCAGAUCUGUUUAGAUGAGCUUGUGGAUCUAUGCAAAAAGAAGCAGUGCAGGAACGGGGAAACGUGCCAACAAGUGGACAACCAGGCUGUGUGCUUACCACUAUCGAAAGCGGAGUGUAUCGCUUGGGGAGACCCACAUUACCGCACCUUCGAUGGACGAAGCUUCGAUUUCCAGGGCACCUGUACCUACACCAUCGCCAAGACUUGCGGGAAUGAAACCCUGCCCAGCUUCAAUAUCGAGGCAAAGAACGAAAACCGGGGUAGCACACAAGUGGCCUACUUAAAACAUGUCAACGUCCAGGUCUAUGGCUUAACGAUAACUAUGGCCAAAUCUGAAAAUGGCAGAGUGAGGGUCAAUCAGAACAUGUAUUACUUGCCCAGCACGCUGCAGGAAGGAAAAGUAAAAAUCUAUCAAAGUGGAGGCCACGCUGUUCUGGACACCGAUUUUGGUCUCAGGUUGUCAUAUGACUGGAACCACCACCUCACUGUGUCUAUCACAAGCACCUUCCUUGGUCAGCUGUGUGGUCUAUGUGGUAAUUACAAUGGUGACUCAAAAGAUGAUUUCGUAAUGGUGGAUGGAAAAGAGGCCAACAAUGCUGCGUCCUUUGGGACAAGCUGGAAAGUUAAAGAUGAUGAUCCUGCAUGCUGGGAUGACUGCAAGGGAGAGUGCAAGACCUGCGAGUCCAACCUCAUCUCCAAGUACCAGGGACAGGAGAGCUGUGGUCUGCUGGCCAAAGUUGAUGGGCCUUUCAGGGACUGUCAUGCAGUCAUCAAACCAGAGCUCUUUAUGGACGGCUGUGUCUACGAUGUGUGUUUGAAUGACGGCUUUAGGGUUUUCCUCUGUCAGGCUUUGAAGACCUAUGCAGAUGCUUGCCAGGCAAGGGGAGUUGAAGUAUACAACUGGAGAAAGCAGUCCCAAUGUCCUCUGACAUGUCCUCCCAACAGUCACUACGAGUCCUGUGGCAGUGCCUGUCCUGCAUCCUGCUCCAACCCUAGUGCUUCUGUCAACUGCAAGCUGCCCUGCACCGAGACCUGCCAGUGUAACGAAGGCUUCGUUCUCAGUGCUGGAGAGUGUGUGCCUGUCAAGAAAUGUGGCUGCACCUACCAGGGCCGAUACUACCCACCUGGGGUCAGACUCUGGUCUGACAAUAGCUGCGAGCAAUCAUGCAUCUGUGACGCAGGCACUGGCAAAGUUCAGUGCAGAAACACAAAAUGCAAGCCCUUCGAAGUUUGUAAGGUAGUUAAAGGAGUAAGGGAUUGUUAUUCCAACAGAAAGGCAACGUGCAGUGCCAGUGGGGACCCGCACUACAUCUCCUUUGAUGGACGCAAGUUUGACUUCCAGGGAACCUGCUUCUACCAGCUAGCAGCUGUCUGCAAUUCCACUGAUGAACUGGAGAAGUUCCAGGUGCAGGUGCAGAAUGAGCACCGAGGCAAUAAGGCUGUGGCUUACACACGGCUCGUACAAGUCAACGUGUACGGCCACAUCAUCAUCAUCAGCACAGACCAUGCAGGGAAGGUCCAGGUGGACAACCUGUGGGAGAACCUACCCUUGAGCAUAGAAGACAACAGAUUAUCAAUCCAAAGCAAAGGCUGGAAAGCCAUCAUUCAGACCGGUUUCGGAUUGGAGGUGACUUUCGACUGGAACAGCCGAGUGACAGUCACUGUACCUGAAAGUUAUGCAGGCGCUAUGUGCGGUCUGUGUGGAAACUAUAACCAGGAUGGCAAGGAUGACUUGACUAUGAAGAACGGGCAGCUGACCCAAGUCCCAGCAGAGUUUGGAGCGAGCUGGAAGACAGAAAACAUCCCCGGCUGCAGUGACCAGUGCAAAGGAACGUGUCCAAACUGCGAUGUCACUCAGAAACGUCAAUAUGAGACCAAUGCAUACUGUGGCAUAAUGACGGAUCCGACUGGGCCGUUCAGAGAUUGCCAUGCCAAGGUGCCCCCUACAUAUUUCUUCGAUGACUGUGUGUUUGAUGCCUGCCUCUACAAGGGCAUGCAGACUGUUGUGUGUAAGGCUAUUAGUGGCUACGUCACCAAAUGUCAGGAGGCUGGAGCCCAGGUUUAUGCAUGGAGAAAAGACACAUUUUGCGCUCCUGUCUGUCCUCAAAACAGCCACUAUGAGUUGUGUGCCAGUGGAUGCCCAUCAACGUGUGCCAGUCUCACCACUGGCACCCAGUGCGAUGCUUUGUGUGAGGAAGGAUGCCAGUGUAAUGAGGGAUUCAUUCUCAGUGGAGUCCAGUGUGUUCCCAUUGCCCAGUGUGGCUGCAUGUACAGUGGCCGCUACUACAAGGCUGGGGAAAUGUUUUUCCCUGAUGGAUUGUGCACGAGUCAGUGCACGUGCGGUGCCAGUGGAGCUGUGCAGUGCCAGCCAAUCACAUGCGGGGAGAACGAGGCGUGCCAAGUAAAGAAUGGUGUGCAGGGAUGCCAUCCCCUAGGGGAGGGGAAGUGCACUGCUUCUGGGGACCCACACUACACCUCAUUCGAUGGGCUGAAAUUCGACUUCCAGGGCACCUGCACCUACACACUGGCAAAGCUCCUGUACACGAACGGCAGUCUUACACCUUUUGAAGUGCAGGUGGAGAAUGAGAGCUAUGGCAAAACGAAGGUGGCUGUCACUAGAAUGGUGGUCACUAAGGUGAAUGGUUACAGCAUCACUAUGGAGCAGAAGGUCCAAUGGAGAGUGAAGGUGAAUGGAAUCAAUACAAACCUACCCCUGAAACUGGACGAUGGAAAGGUUUCCGUGAUCCAGCAGGGUAAAAACAUCAUCCUUCAGACAGAGUUUGGGCUGAAGGUCCUCUACGAUUUGGUGUACUACGUGCAGGUGACCGUCCCUGGCAACUACCGGAACAAGGUAGGCGGACUUUGUGGCAACUUCAACGGCAACAAAAAGGAUGAGUUUGCACUGCAGGGUGGCGGACUCACAGAGAACGUCAAUGCCUUCGGGGCCAGCUGGCAAGUCUUUGUAGAAGGAGCCAAGUGCAACCAUGGCUGUGACCAGGACUGCCCCCGGUGUGACGAAACCAACAAGACCAAGUAUAGCAAAGCAGACAGCUGUGGGAUCAUCUCCUCCACAACGGGCCCCUUCGCAGCCUGCCGCUCCGUCAUCAGUCCUGACAUUUACUUUGAAAACUGUGUCUUUGAUGUAUGCGUCACCGACGGGCUGAGGGACAUCCUCUGUAGGAAUCUGGAAGCCUACACUGCUGCCUGCCAGGAUGCUGGAGUCAUCAUCAAGCCCUGGAGGAACGAUGGGUUCUGCCCAAUGACUUGUCCAAAGAACAGCCAGUACGAGGUUUGUGCGGACACCUGUGGCAGUGCUUGUGCAAGUAUCAUCGCCCCCCUCACCUGCACAUCUCAGUGUUAUGAGGGCUGCCAGUGUGACCCUGGCUUUGUGUUUGAUGGGGAACAGUGUGUAUCCUCUGGAAACUGUGGUUGUUCGCACAACGGGAGAUACAUGAAGGUUGGGGAGUCCCUGAUGUCUGCAGACUGCUCCAGGAAGUGCACAUGUAACCCCAAGGGAGCGGUGAGCUGUGAGACAAUCCAAUGCACCACAGGGUGUGCUGUGCACAACGGAGCCCAGAUCUGUUUAGAUGAGCUUGUGGAUCUAUGCAAAAAGAAGCAGUGCAGGAACGGGGAAACGUGCCAACAAGUGGACAACCAGGCUGUGUGCUUACCACUAUCGAAAGCGGAGUGUAUCGCUUGGGGAGACCCACAUUACCGCACCUUCGAUGGACGAAGCUUCGAUUUCCAGGGCACCUGUACCUACACCAUCGCCAAGACUUGCGGGAAUGAAACCCUGCCCAGCUUCAAUAUCGAGGCAAAGAACGAAAACCGGGGUAGCACACAAGUGGCCUACUUAAAACAUGUCAACGUCCAGGUCUAUGGCUUAACGAUAACUAUGGCCAAAUCUGAAAAUGGCAGAGUGAGGGUCAAUCAGAACAUGUAUUACUUGCCCAGCACGCUGCAGGAAGGAAAAGUAAAAAUCUAUCAAAGUGGAGGCCACGCUGUUCUGGACACCGAUUUUGGUCUCAGGUUGUCAUAUGACUGGAACCACCACCUCACUGUGUCUAUCACAAGCACCUUCCUUGGUCAGCUGUGUGGUCUAUGUGGUAAUUACAAUGGUGACUCAAAAGAUGAUUUCGUAAUGGUGGAUGGAAAAGAGGCCAACAAUGCUGCGUCCUUUGGGACAAGCUGGAAAGUUAAAGAUGAUGAUCCUGCAUGCUGGGAUGACUGCAAGGGAGAGUGCAAGACCUGCGAGUCCAACCUCAUCUCCAAGUACCAGGGACAGGAGAGCUGUGGUCUGCUGGCCAAAGUUGAUGGGCCUUUCAGGGACUGUCAUGCAGUCAUCAAACCAGAGCUCUUUAUGGACGGCUGUGUCUACGAUGUGUGUUUGAAUGACGGCUUUAGGGUUUUCCUCUGUCAGGCUUUGAAGACCUAUGCAGAUGCUUGCCAGGCAAGGGGAGUUGAAGUAUACAACUGGAGAAAGCAGUCCCAAUGUCCUCUGACAUGUCCUCCCAACAGUCACUACGAGUCCUGUGGCAGUGCCUGUCCUGCAUCCUGCUCCAACCCUAGUGCUUCUGUCAACUGCAAGCUGCCCUGCACCGAGACCUGCCAGUGUAACGAAGGCUUCGUUCUCAGUGCUGGAGAGUGUGUGCCUGUCAAGAAAUGUGGCUGCACCUACCAGGGCCGAUACUACCCACCUGGGGUCAGACUCUGGUCUGACAAUAGCUGCGAGCAAUCAUGCAUCUGUGACGCAGGCACUGGCAAAGUUCAGUGCAGAAACACAAAAUGCAAGCCAUUCGAAGUUUGUAAGGUAGUUAAAGGAGUAAGGGAUUGUUAUUCCAACAGAAAGGCAACGUGCAGUGCCAGUGGGGACCCGCACUACAUCUCCUUUGAUGGACGCAAGUUUGACUUCCAGGGAACCUGCUUCUACCAGCUAGCAGCUGUCUGCAAUUCCACUGAUGAACUGGAGAAGUUCCAGGUGCAGGUGCAGAAUGAGCACCGAGGCAAUAAGGCUGUGGCUUACACACGGCUCGUACAAGUCAACGUGUACGGCCACAUCAUCAUCAUCAGCACAGACCAUGCAGGGAAGGUCCAGGUGGACAACCUGUGGGAGAACCUACCCUUGAGCAUAGAAGACAACAGAUUAUCAAUCCAAAGCAAAGGCUGGAAAGCCAUCAUUCAGACCGGUUUCGGAUUGGAGGUGACUUUCGACUGGAACAGCCGAGUGACAGUCACUGUACCUGAAAGUUAUGCAGGCGCUAUGUGCGGUCUGUGUGGAAACUAUAACCAGGAUGGCAAGGAUGACUUGACUAUGAAGAACGGGCAGCUGACCCAAGUCCCAGCAGAGUUUGGAGCGAGCUGGAAGACAGAAAACAUCCCCGGCUGCAGUGACCAGUGCAAAGGAACGUGUCCAAACUGCGAUGUCACUCAGAAACGUCAAUAUGAGACCAAUGCAUACUGUGGCAUAAUGACGGAUCCGACUGGGCCGUUCAGAGAUUGCCAUGCCAAGGUGCCCCCUACAUAUUUCUUCGAUGACUGUGUGUUUGAUGCCUGCCUCUACAAGGGCAUGCAGACUGUUGUGUGUAAGGCUAUUAGUGGCUACGUCACCAAAUGUCAGGAGGCUGGAGCCCAGGUUUAUGCAUGGAGAAAAGACACAUUUUGCGCUCCUGUCUGUCCUCAAAACAGCCACUAUGAGUUGUGUGCCAGUGGAUGCCCAUCAACGUGUGCCAGUCUCACCACUGGCACCCAGUGCGAUGCUUUGUGUGAGGAAGGAUGCCAGUGUAAUGAGGGAUUCAUUCUCAGUGGAGUCCAGUGUGUUCCCAUUGCCCAGUGUGGCUGCAUGUACAGUGGCCGCUACUACAAGGCUGGGGAAAUGUUUUUCCCUGAUGGAUUGUGCACGAGUCAGUGCACGUGCGGUGCCAGUGGAGCUGUGCAGUGCCAGCCAAUCACAUGCGGGGAGAACGAGGCGUGCCAAGUAAAGAAUGGUGUGCAGGGAUGCCAUCCCCUAGGGGAGGGGAAGUGCACUGCUUCUGGGGACCCACACUACACCUCAUUCGAUGGGCUGAAAUUCGACUUCCAGGGCACCUGCACCUACACACUGGCAAAGCUCCUGUACACGAACGGCAGUCUUACACCUUUUGAAGUGCAGGUGGAGAAUGAGAGCUAUGGCAAAACGAAGGUGGCUGUCACUAGAAUGGUGGUCACUAAGGUGAAUGGUUACAGCAUCACUAUGGAGCAGAAGGUCCAAUGGAGAGUGAAGGUGAAUGGAAUCAAUACAAACCUACCCCUGAAACUGGACGAUGGAAAGGUUUCCGUGAUCCAGCAGGGUAAAAACAUCAUCCUUCAGACAGAGUUUGGGCUGAAGGUCCUCUACGAUUUGGUGUACUACGUGCAGGUGACCGUCCCUGGCAACUACCGGAACAAGGUAGGCGGACUUUGUGGCAACUUCAACGGCAACAAAAAGGAUGAGUUUGCACUGCAGGGUGGCGGACUCACAGAGAACGUCAAUGCCUUCGGGGCCAGCUGGCAAGUCUUUGUAGAAGGAGCCAAGUGCAACCAUGGCUGUGACCAGGACUGCCCCCGGUGUGACGAAACCAACAAGACCAAGUAUAGCAAAGCAGACAGCUGUGGGAUCAUCUCCUCCACAACGGGCCCCUUCGCAGCCUGCCGCUCCGUCAUCAGUCCUGACAUUUACUUUGAAAACUGUGUCUUUGAUGUAUGCGUCACCGACGGGCUGAGGGACAUCCUCUGUAGGAAUCUGGAAGCCUACACUGCUGCCUGCCAGGAUGCUGGAGUCAUCAUCAAGCCCUGGAGGAACGAUGGGUUCUGCCCAAUGACUUGUCCAAAGAACAGCCAGUACGAGGUUUGUGCGGACACCUGUGGCAGUGCUUGUGCAAGUAUCAUCGCCCCCCUCACCUGCACAUCUCAGUGUUAUGAGGGCUGCCAGUGUGACCCUGGCUUUGUGUUUGAUGGGGAACAGUGUGUAUCCUCUGGAAACUGUGGUUGUUCGCACAACGGGAGAUACAUGAAGGUUGGGGAGUCCCUGAUGUCUGCAGACUGCUCCAGGAAGUGCACAUGUAACCCCAAGGGAGCGGUGAGCUGUGAGACAAUCCAAUGCACCACAGGGUGUGCUGUGCACAACGGAGCCCAGAUCUGUUUAGAUGAGCUUGUGGAUCUAUGCAAAAAGAAGCAGUGCAGGAACGGGGAAACGUGCCAACAAGUGGACAACCAGGCUGUGUGCUUACCACUAUCGAAAGCGGAGUGUAUCGCUUGGGGAGACCCACAUUACCGCACCUUCGAUGGACGAAGCUUCGAUUUCCAGGGCACCUGUACCUACACCAUCGCCAAGACUUGCGGGAAUGAAACCCUGCCCAGCUUCAAUAUCGAGGCAAAGAACGAAAACCGGGGUAGCACACAAGUGGCCUACUUAAAACAUGUCAACGUCCAGGUCUAUGGCUUAACGAUAACUAUGGCCAAAUCUGAAAAUGGCAGAGUGAGGGUCAAUCAGAACAUGUAUUACUUGCCCAGCACGCUGCAGGAAGGAAAAGUAAAAAUCUAUCAAAGUGGAGGCCACGCUGUUCUGGACACCGAUUUUGGUCUCAGGUUGUCAUAUGACUGGAACCACCACCUCACUGUGUCUAUCACAAGCACCUUCCUUGGUCAGCUGUGUGGUCUAUGUGGUAAUUACAAUGGUGACUCAAAAGAUGAUUUCGUAAUGGUGGAUGGAAAAGAGGCCAACAAUGCUGCGUCCUUUGGGACAAGCUGGAAAGUUAAAGAUGAUGAUCCUGCAUGCUGGGAUGACUGCAAGGGAGAGUGCAAGACCUGCGAGUCCAACCUCAUCUCCAAGUACCAGGGACAGGAGAGCUGUGGUCUGCUGGCCAAAGUUGAUGGGCCUUUCAGGGACUGUCAUGCAGUCAUCAAACCAGAGCUCUUUAUGGACGGCUGUGUCUACGAUGUGUGUUUGAAUGACGGCUUUAGGGUUUUCCUCUGUCAGGCUUUGAAGACCUAUGCAGAUGCUUGCCAGGCAAGGGGAGUUGAAGUAUACAACUGGAGAAAGCAGUCCCAAUGUCCUCUGACAUGUCCUCCCAACAGUCACUACGAGUCCUGUGGCAGUGCCUGUCCUGCAUCCUGCUCCAACCCUAGUGCUUCUGUCAACUGCAAGCUGCCCUGCACCGAGACCUGCCAGUGUAACGAAGGCUUCGUUCUCAGUGCUGGAGAGUGUGUGCCUGUCAAGAAAUGUGGCUGCACCUACCAGGGCCGAUACUACCCACCUGGGGUCAGACUCUGGUCUGACAAUAGCUGCGAGCAAUCAUGCAUCUGUGACGCAGGCACUGGCAAAGUUCAGUGCAGAAACACAAAAUGCAAGCCCUUCGAAGUUUGUAAGGUAGUUAAAGGAGUAAGGGAUUGUUAUUCCAACAGAAAGGCAACGUGCAGUGCCAGUGGGGACCCGCACUACAUCUCCUUUGAUGGACGCAAGUUUGACUUCCAGGGAACCUGCUUCUACCAGCUAGCAGCUGUCUGCAAUUCCACUGAUGAACUGGAGAAGUUCCAGGUGCAGGUGCAGAAUGAGCACCGAGGCAAUAAGGCUGUGGCUUACACACGGCUCGUACAAGUCAACGUGUACGGCCACAUCAUCAUCAUCAGCACAGACCAUGCAGGGAAGGUCCAGGUGGACAACCUGUGGGAGAACCUACCCUUGAGCAUAGAAGACAACAGAUUAUCAAUCCAAAGCAAAGGCUGGAAAGCCAUCAUUCAGACCGGUUUCGGAUUGGAGGUGACUUUCGACUGGAACAGCCGAGUGACAGUCACUGUACCUGAAAGUUAUGCAGGCGCUAUGUGCGGUCUGUGUGGAAACUAUAACCAGGAUGGCAAGGAUGACUUGACUAUGAAGAACGGGCAGCUGACCCAAGUCCCAGCAGAGUUUGGAGCGAGCUGGAAGACAGAAAACAUCCCCGGCUGCAGUGACCAGUGCAAAGGAACGUGUCCAAACUGCGAUGUCACUCAGAAACGUCAAUAUGAGACCAAUGCAUACUGUGGCAUAAUGACGGAUCCGACUGGGCCGUUCAGAGAUUGCCAUGCCAAGGUGCCCCCUACAUAUUUCUUCGAUGACUGUGUGUUUGAUGCCUGCCUCUACAAGGGCAUGCAGACUGUUGUGUGUAAGGCUAUUAGUGGCUACGUCACCAAAUGUCAGGAGGCUGGAGCCCAGGUUUAUGCAUGGAGAAAAGACACAUUUUGCGCUCCUGUCUGUCCUCAAAACAGCCACUAUGAGUUGUGUGCCAGUGGAUGCCCAUCAACGUGUGCCAGUCUCACCACUGGCACCCAGUGCGAUGCUUUGUGUGAGGAAGGAUGCCAGUGUAAUGAGGGAUUCAUUCUCAGUGGAGUCCAGUGUGUUCCCAUUGCCCAGUGUGGCUGCAUGUACAGUGGCCGCUACUACAAGGCUGGGGAAAUGUUUUUCCCUGAUGGAUUGUGCACGAGUCAGUGCACGUGCGGUGCCAGUGGAGCUGUGCAGUGCCAGCCAAUCACAUGCGGGGAGAACGAGGCAUGCCAAGUAAAGAAUGGUGUGCAGGGAUGCCAUCCCCUAGGGGAGGGGAAGUGCACUGCUUCUGGGGACCCACACUACACCUCAUUCGAUGGGCUGAAAUUCGACUUCCAGGGCACCUGCACCUACACACUGGCAAAGCUCCUGUACACGAACGGCAGUCUUACACCUUUUGAAGUGCAGGUGGAGAAUGAGAGCUAUGGCAAAACGAAGGUGGCUGUCACUAGAAUGGUGGUCACUAAGGUGAAUGGUUACAGCAUCACUAUGGAGCAGAAGGUCCAAUGGAGAGUGAAGGUGAAUGGAAUCAAUACAAACCUACCCCUGAAACUGGACGAUGGAAAGGUUUCCGUGAUCCAGCAGGGUAAAAACAUCAUCCUUCAGACAGAGUUUGGGCUGAAGGUCCUCUACGAUUUGGUGUACUACGUGCAGGUGACCGUCCCUGGCAACUACCGGAACAAGGUAGGCGGACUUUGUGGCAACUUCAACGGCAACAAAAAGGAUGAGUUUGCACUGCAGGGUGGCGGACUCACAGAGAACGUCAAUGCCUUCGGGGCCAGCUGGCAAGUCUUUGUAGAAGGAGCCAAGUGCAACCAUGGCUGUGACCAGGACUGCCCCCGUUGUGACGAAACCAACAAGGCCAAGUAUAGCAAAGCAGACAGCUGUGGGAUCAUCUCCUCCACAACGGGCCCCUUCGCAGCCUGCCGCUCCAUCAUCAGUCCUGACAUUUACUUUGAAAACUGUGUCUUUGAUGUAUGCGCCACCGACGGGCUGAGGGACAUCCUCUGUAGGAAUCUGGAAGCCUACACUGCUGCCUGCCAGGAUGCUGGAGUCAUCAUCAAGCCCUGGAGGAAUGAUGGGUUCUGCCCAAUGACCUGUCCUGUGAACAGCCAAUAUGAUGUGUGUGCUGACACCUGUGGCAGCACCUGUGCCAGUGCCAUCACCACCCUCACCUGCUCCUCCAAGUGUUAUGAGGGCUGCCAGUGUGAGUCAGGCUACGUCUCUGAUGGGGAAAAAUGUGUGUUGCUGAAUAAGUGCGGCUGUGUUCACAAUGGGAGAUACAUGAAGGUCAGUCUAGUUUUAAAUAUCACUGUUAUUCUAACCAGAAUACUUAUACAUACACUAAUAUAAACAAAAGGCAGCUCU